AUGUCCCCCACUCUGCCUAUUGGCAAUGAAGACGACGCUCAACAAAUCUCCGACUACACGGAAUCAAACUUCACCGACUUCCUCAACGAUCAUGAUGAGGAUUACACCGUCGAAAACAACGUCAUCGAAGCUAGUGAUCACAAAUACGUGAGUUACGACUCGUUCGCAACGGACAAGUCGGACUCGGUUGAGAUAUCAAACGAAACGGAGGUAGGAAACGAGACGAUCCUGGAGCCGGUGGAUUUCCAGUUUGUGGAUGAGAUCGGAUCUUCGAUCGAGUACUCGGCUUUCGAGAUUGCUGAGGAGAUUUCAAGGCCAAUGGUGCAAGAAGAAGAGCCGGUGAUGCUGAGUGAAGCGAUGAAGAGGAUGAACAAUGAGAGGAAGUUCUCUGCUUGUUUGUAUGCAUUUAAUGGCAUCAACGAGUGCCUCAAAUUAAGCUCGAGUAGGCUCGAUAGAUCCGAUCAGCUCACGAGGCUCAUGAAUGCUUGUCAAAUGAACCGCGAGGAGACGACAAACAACAACAACAACAACGACAACAGCAACAACGACGAAACAGCGAGGGAAGACGAGAGUGCCGGUGUCGGCUCCAAUUUUGAUGGAGAAUCAAUGCUGUGGAGCUCCAUCGACCUUCCAACCAUAUGCUACGUUAACUAA